UCUAGCCACUGCGCGAGCUGUUGGUGUCUACUUCCUGAAUUCAGAGCAACAGAUGAGUAAGGCAGCUCGGCAGGACUCCCCCAAGGUUUUUUUUUUCUGAUAAAAACACGAUAAACCUCGGUUUGUAAGUCCAGCGUCGUCGGCUUGCUUCGAGGAGUGUCGGCUCUCUGCCACGAUGGUGGAGACUCUAGCUGGGUGUAUGUUUGAGGACAUCCAGUACGCAGAUAUCCAAGUAGAAGCGGCUGUUGGCAGAGGGACUUUUGGGGUUGUCUUCAAAGCUGUGUGGAAAGGAAAGGAUGUAGCAAUCAAGACCAUUGAGAGUGACAACGAACGGAAUGCUUUCCUUGUUGAGCUCCGCCAGCUCUCCCGAGUGAAUCAUUCCAACAUUGUUAAGCUCUAUGGCUUCUGUGACAAUCCAGUCUGUCUGGUCAUGGAGUAUGCAGAAUGUGGAUCUUUAUAUAACCUUCUGCAUGGUGCAGACCCACAGCCCUUCUAUACAGCAUCCCAUGCAAUGAGCUGGUGUCUGCAGUGUGCCCAGGGAGUUGCCUAUCUUCAUGCUAUGAAGCCAAAGGCUUUAAUUCAUAGGGACCUCAAACCACCAAAUCUACUGCUUGUGGCUCGUGGUACUGUGCUGAAGAUAUGCGACUUUGGAACAGCUUGUGAUAUUCAGACCUACAUGACCAACAAUAAAGGAAGUGCAGCCUGGAUGGCACCAGAAGUAUUUGAAGGCAGUAACUACAGUGAAAAGUGUGAUGUGUUCAGCUGGGGGAUUAUCCUGUGGGAGGUCAUCACACGCAAGAAACCCUUUGACGAGAUUGGUGGUUCUGCAUUUUGCAUAAUGUGGGCUGUCCACAGAGGUACUCGACCUCCUCUGAUCAAAGACCUUCCAGAACCCAUAGAGACUCUGAUGACACGCUGCUGGGACAAAGAACCCAGCCAGAGGCCAUCAAUGAAUGAGGUCAAAAACACUAUGAAUCAUCUAAUGAAGUACUUUCCAGGUUCCGAUGAACCACUGGAUCUUCCUCAUCAGUCGUCAGCCAGCAGAAGUGGCUCUUCGUCAGCCACAAGCACGGACUCGUAUGCUGACUGCACUAUCAACUGUAGCCGGAGUGAUGACGAUAUAGAACACACAAACUCAGUUGGUAGAGAGGAAACCCUGAAAAGUCCCGAGUCCAAAUUUCCACUUCAGUUCAAGCCCUCAAAGAGUCCUGCAUCGCGUACUGGUCUGCCCAGGACCUCAGGUGUGGACACUCAACCAGGGCCUUCCCAAAACUCAACCCACUCGAGCAGUUCUCCAAUCAACUCUAGCCAGUCAGAACUGAAGAUGACAUUCAGCUCCACAGCUACCAAUGGAGUAGAUGGCUAUCUGAAACUGGAUUAUCAGUUGCAGCCUCUGGCUCCUUGUCCAAACUCCAAAGAGUCCAUGGCUGUGUUUGAGCAGCAUAUCAGGAUGGCUCAGGAGUACCUCAAAGUCCAGUCAGAGAUUGCUCUCCUUGUUCAGAAAAAGAAGGAGCUAAUGACUGAACUGGAGCAGGAUGAAAUAGAACAGCAGGCCUCGUUUCGACUCAUCCAAGAGCGCAGCAAUCUGCUGGAGGACAACAGCAGCCUAUCAGCCUACUGCCAGGGCCUGAGGAGUAAACUGAGCCUGAUGAAGAGCCAGAACUAAUAGCACAGCUGGAACAAAAUGAUGGGUUGCAGCAAGCAGUCCACACCACUGUUGUUUUUACUGUGAUCGCUCCCCUUUUGAAAGAAGAGAACAAUCACUGGCAGAAAAGCCCGUUAUCUUAGAAAAUGAGACUCUGCUAACUACAUAAGGUACAUCAAGAUAAUAUUAAAGGGAAAGUUGCUAAUUUGGAAUUAAAGCCUUUAAAGUAAAGCUGAAUUAUAAGUUGAUGUUCUUUGUUAAUGAACCACACUGUGUGUACAAUUAUUAGGCAAGGUGUAUUUCUGAGGAUUAAUUUUAUUAUUGAACAGCUACAGUGCUCUAAAUCUGAAUGUUUAAGACAGUAAAAGUGAGGUUUUGUCUUUCAUCAGAGAAUAUAUAUAUGAGCACAAUUAUUAGGCAACUAUUAUUGUGCAGAAUUAUUAUGCAACUAAAUGAACAAAACAAACAUUUUUCCAUCUCACCUGUUUAUUUCCAUCUGUUAAAGUGAGAAUAAUAAAACGACUCAAAAUUUACAUAUAAACAUUUCUGACAUGUCCAAAAUAAUAAUAAUGAUAAUCAGGGACUAAUAUAGCCACCCUUCUUUUCAAUAACUCACAAGCCUUCCAUUCAUGGAGUCUGUCAGUGUCUUGAUCUGUUGAUGAUUAAUGUUUUGUGCAGCAGCAGCCACAGCCUCCAAGACACUGUUCAGCGAGGUGUACAGGGCCCACAGGUUCUCAAUGGGGCUUUUCAGAGUCCUUUAGAUCUCUUUUUUUGGCCCAUUUUGCCUGAGGAAGAGAAGCUGCCUGAAAAUUAUGCACACCUUUAUAUAGUGUCGGUCUCCUUAGGCCACACCCUCACUCAUCACGCAAAUACACAUCACCUGAUAUGCAACAUUAAGUUUAUACAGCUUGAAGUUGGAAAAUAUGCAUAAAAUUAUGAUAUGGCCAAAAUACCCACUUGCCUAGUAAUUGUGCAUGCAGUGUAUGGAUUUAUGAUGUGAUGUGUAACAUUCUUUGAGGCAAGCUGCUUUGAAGGAUCCCGGUAUUCCCGUGUCUUAUAAGAUACUUUCGGACAACAGGAACUUUGUCAUAGUUGCAGUAACUGUUGACGGUCCAAUUUUAUUUGAUUUUAUCAUUUGCAUGAUAAUGGUCAUGAGAAUUCUCAUU